GAAAAUGAUGGCGAGGCGAAAAGCCGAGGAGCUGGAGCCAUUUCGUCUCCUGUGGUUGGAGUUGAGCAGCUUGAUGCGGGAGUCAGGAAACCUUUACCACAACACUACAUCGCUGGAUAAUUUUGUGCCAAUCAUGGUGGGACUGAUUUUGCAUUUAUACCGACUGAUCCUCGUGUUCCCGAAAAGAGCGGUGCGAGCUGAAUGGCAAAAAUUUGCACUUGAGGUCUUCUUAAUUCUGUACAGACACUUGUACUUUUUAUUGGUGCUCUAUGACCACGGUGAAACUAUUACCAAUCAAUGCAUAGAAGAGAUACAAAUCAAGGUUAAUCUCUAUAAACCUGCCAAGAAUCGGAAAAAAUUCGUCUUCUCGGUGAGUUUGCAAGGAUCACUAUAUAUAUCUCUCUCUAACCUGAACAGCGAAAUCCGGAAUUCGAACCCGGUUUAA